GCGACGGGCGCUGCAGCACAUCGCCCGGAAAAGUUCAACCCCCAGACGCCCGAGCCGGAGGCGAGGAAGAGGAGAAGCCGCCGCCGCCGUCAUGUCGGGGGGGAUCGCGCGCGGCCGCCUCGCCGAGGAGCGCAAGGCGUGGCGCAAGAACCACCCCCACGGUUUUGUCGCGAAACCGGAGAUGCUGCUCGACGGGACGGUGAACCUGAUGAUCUGGCACUGCACCAUCCCCGGCAAGCAAGGAACUGAUUGGGAAGGUGGAUACUUCCCUCUUACCCUUCAUUUCAGUGAGGAUUACCCUAGCAAACCUCCCAAGUGCAAGUUCCCACAGGGUUUCUUCCAUCCAAACGUCUAUCCUUCGGGAACAGUCUGCCUUUCGAUUCUUAAUGAGGACAGCGGUUGGAGACCUGCUAUUACUGUCAAGCAGAUUCUCGUAGGAAUUCAGGACUUGCUUGAUCAGCCAAAUCCUGCUGACCCUGCUCAGACCGAAGGCUAUCACCUUUUUAUUCAGGAUCCAAUGGAAUAUAAGAGGCGUGUUAGGCUGCAGGCUAAGCUGUAUCCUGCGCUGGUCUGAGAACAUUGGCCGUUUAGGGAUCCAUGCUGCACAUCCGCAUAGUUGUUGCUAGUAUCUUGAAUGAAAGACCAGAUUACAUAUCGUCGUUGUGGACCAAUUGUGUCUGUAAACGGUGUUCUUAACCGUUUGAGUGUGCAUUUUAUGGGAUAAUGUCAGAACUUUGCUUUGACCUGUUUAUCUCCAAGACUUGAUGUGUGUGCUGUUGACAAAACUAAAUGUGCAGAAACAAGUUUGCCCCAAGAUUUGCAA